AUGGUAUCAAAAAAUCACAUCUUUAGUGGUGCUCAUCUUAGUGCAUUCACACCAAUCUUUAUCAAAAGUGAUCAACUACCUCUUUAUCAAGUUCGUCAAUCUUAUACAAAAAUGAGGCAAAAAUCUAAAGAAACUAAGACCACUGAACCCAGACCUGUUACAAAUGAAUAUGUAUGGGUUCAAAAUAGGGAGAAUGCAACAACGAAGAAAUCUAUGGUUCCUGAGUCAAGCGACAAACUUGAUGAACAAGAUGCGGUACACCAUGUUGUACCUCUUCAAGGAAGCAACAUUAAACUUGAUGAACAAGAUGUGGUACACCAGUGUGUACCUCUUCAUGGAUGCACUGCUCGCUACUAUCAAGCUGAAGAAGACAUGGAAGAAACAUUAUCAAAUCCUCCCAUUCAUGGGUGUUCUAUAAAACAAAAGGAAGAAGAAAGAUAA